CUCGCCGCCUUUUUGUGUCGUAUUUAACGUUUGCACCUGUUUGGGAAAGUCCGUGUGGGUUCGCGCCCGAUGGUGAGGGUCGGUGCGUCUCCCGGUGCGGCUUCCCCUCUCUGGGCAUUGACCCGCGAGCUCAGCGCCGGCCUCUCCUCCCCCAGGCUCACCGGCUGCAGGCUGCACGAGAUGAACACGGCGCAGGGGCCAGUGUCGUUCAAGGACGUGGCCGUGGGCUUCACACAGGAGGAGUGGCGGCAGCUGGAGCCGGCGCAGAGGCGGACGUACCGGGAGGUGAUGCUGGAGAACUACAGCCACCUCGUGGCCGUGGGCGGUGACAUCUCCAAACCACGCGUGAUCGUGAAGUUGGAGCAGGGGGAGGAGCCGUGGGUGCCGGAAGGCGAGCUGCCGUGUCGGAGCCGUGCGGAAGAGGCCUGGAAGGCUGGUGCCCCGGCAGAGAGAGUCCCAGUGGCGGGGGGCGCCCGCAGCGCGCGCCUGCCGGGAGAGGCGGAGAGCGCGGCUGGUGGGGCUCCCGGCAGAAGCAGCGACCCGGCCCCCUCGAGCGUGGCGGGCCGCGAGCGCAUCUCCUGCGGAGAGGACUUCGAGUCCACCUCGGAAUUAAUCAGCAGCGACGGCCGCUACGCGGGAGUGCGCCCGGGCGCGUGCGAGGGCCGUGAGAGUGUCUGUGCCGGCGGCGGCGCGCCCUGGGCCACCCGUGUAUCCAAGGAGGACCGCGUCCUGCAGGGAGGUGGCCUCUUGGAGAAGCCCUUCGAGUACUUGGGAGCCCUGGACGGUGACGCUGUGUUCCUGACGCACGGGAGGGCGUGCGCGGUGCAGAAGGUGGGCGCGUGGGGCGGCGCCGGCGCGGACAUGCUCGGCGUGCGUGGCUUCGGCGCGUUCCCGCGGGCGCCGGCCGAGGGGAAGCCCUUCGAGUGCGCCGAGUGCGGGAAGUCCUUCUGCAAGAAGUCCAAGUUCAUCAUCCACCAGCGGGCGCACACGGGCGAGAAGCCGUAUGCGUGCGGCGUGUGCGGCAAGCGCUUCAGCCAGAAGGGCACGCUCACGGUGCACCGCAGGUCGCACCUGCAGGAGAAGCCCUACAAGUGCGUGGAGUGCGGCAAGACCUUCUGCCAGAAACUGCACCUCACGCAGCACCUGCGCACGCACUCGGGGGAGAAGCCCUACGCCUGCAGCCAGUGCGGCAAGACCUUCUGCCAGAAGACGCACCUCACGCUGCACCUGCGCAACCACUCGGGGGAGCGGCCCUACCCGUGCGGCGAGUGCGGCAAGUCCUUCUCCCGCCGCUCGGCGCUCAGCGACCACCAGCGCACGCACACGGGCGAGAAGCUGUACCAGUGCGAGCAGUGCGGCAAGGCCUACUACCGCAAGUCCACGCUCAUCACGCACCAGCGCACGCACACGGGCGAGAAGCCCUACGCGUGCAGCGAGUGCGGCAAGCGCUUCUCGCGCGUGUCCUACCUCACCAUCCACUACCGCAGCCACCUGGAGGAGAAGCCGUACGCGUGCGCCGAGUGCGGCAAGACCUUCAACCUGAGCUCGGCCUUCCUCAGGCACCAGAAGCUGCACGCCGAGGGCCGGGCGCCCGAGUGCGGCGCGUGCGGGCGGCCCUGCUCCGAGCCGGCGUGCGGCGGCGCGCUCCGCGGGGCGCACGUGGAGGAGAAGCCGUACGGGUGCCGCGAGUGCGGCAAGAGCUUCUCGCACAACUCCUCGCUCUUCCGGCACCAGCGAGUGCACACGGGCGAGAAGCCCUUCGAGUGCCACCAGUGCGGCAAGUUCUUCUCGCAGAAGUCCUACCUCACCAUCCACCACCGCAUCCACUCGGGCGAGAAGCCGUACGCCUGCAGCGCCUGCGGCAAGGUCUUCUCGCGCAUGUCCAACCUCACGGUGCACUACCGCAGCCACUCGGGCGAGAAGCCCUACGAGUGCAGCGCCUGCGGCAAGGUCUUCUCGCAGAAGUCCUACCUCACCGUGCACUACCGCACGCACUCGGGCGAGAAGCCGUACGCGUGCGCCGAGUGCGGGAAGAGGUUCCACCACCGCUCCGCCUUCAACAGCCAUCGGCGGAUCCACGGGCGCGGGAGCGCGAGCGGGCUUGCCGCGGGAGGCCUGUGAAGGCGGCACCCACGCGGGGUCCAGCAGGGUCCGGGUCCCGGGGGA